AUGUAGGAAGCUAAGAUGGAGGGUAACGGAGCUCCGGGGAACAACAAACAGAAACCGAGUUUACCGAAAACCAGAGGCGAGUUUAUCCGCAACCAGAGGAAGGAUUCUGAGGGUUUUUCUGAAGCUCCUGAUCUGGAGUUUGAAUACGCCGACUCAGACAAAUGGGCUGCAGAAUUAUCAGAGCUGUACAGCUACACGGAGGGUCCGGAGUUCCAGCUGAACAGGAAGUGCUUUGAGGAGGACUUUCAAACACAUGUGGGUGAUAAGCGGUGGGUCGAUCUGGACGCUGUGCAACAUCGAGCUCAUGCCAUGCGUCUACUGGACGGACUGGACGUGACCGGCCGAGAGAAGAGGCUGAGGGUUGCCAGGGCCAUCUUGUACAUGGCACAAGGCACGUUUGCCGAGUGCGGCUCAGAGGCUGAAAUGCAGCACUGGAUCAGAUACAAUGUGUUUCUGCUGCUUGGCGUAGGAACGUUCUCCGCACUCGUGGAGCUUCUCAACAUGGAGAUAGACAACAGUGCAGCAUGCAGCAGUGCAGUAAGGAAACCAGCCAUCUCCCUCGCUGACAGCACAGACCUGAGGGUGCUGUUGAAUAUCAUGUAUCUGAUUGUGGAGACGAUUCAGCAGGAAGACCCUGCAGACCCUCCAGAGUGGAGAGCUUCCAGAGAAACCUUCAGAACAGAGCUGGGUUCUCCGUUCUAUAACAGUGAGCCUGUUUCUGUGAUGCUCUUCGCCAUGGUAACCAAGUUCUGCAGUGGCCACGCCCCCCACUUCCCCAUGAAGAAGGUCCUUCUGCUGCUCUGGAAAACUAUACUGUUCACGUUGGGGGGUUUUGAGGAGCUGCAGCAGUUGAAGGUGUGUAAGAGGGCGGAGUUCGGUUUGCCUCGCCUCCCCGAGGACAGCAUCAGUGUGAUCCGCAGCAUGAGGGCUGCCUCCCCUCCCGCCUCGGCCUCCGACCUGAUAGAGCAGCAGCAGAGGAAAACACGCCGAGAACACAAGGCUCUGAUAAAGCAGGAGAAUUUAGAUGCGUUUAAUGAGAAGGACCCGUAUAAGGCUGAUGAUGCCCGUGACGAUGAUGAUGAAGGUGAUGAUAACGAUAAUAACGAGAACGCUCUGGAGGCGGAGCCUUUCCCUCUGGAGCGCGAUGAUGUCAUGCCACCUCCACUUCCCCACCUACCCCCCACCGAUCGCGUCUCCUUCCCCAAAGGCCUUCCCUGGGCUCCUAAAGUCAGAGAGAAGGACAUAGAGACCUUCCUGGAGUGCAGCAGGAGUAAAUUUAUCGGCUACACGCUUGGAAAUGAUACAGACACGGUGGUUGGUCUGCCGAGGCCAAUUCACGAAAGCAUCAAAACUCUGAAACUGCAUAAGUACGUGUCCAUCGCUGAGGUUCAGAUUGUGAAGGAGGAGGAAUAUCAGAAAACCCCGCUGUCCGCGGGGGAGGAGGAAGUGGAGCUCUGUGCAACUGAGCUACUUUAUCAGGGCAUCCUGCCCAGCCUGCCACAGUACAUGAUUGCUCUGUUGAAGAUCUUGCUUGCUGCUGCUCCAACCUCGAAGGCCAAAACCGACUCAAUCAACAUCCUCGCAGAUGUGCUACCGGAAGAGAUGCCGACUACAGUUCUACAGAGUAUGAAACUUGGCAUGGACGUUAAUCGACACAAAGAAAUCAUCGUUAAGGCCAUUUCAGCCGUCCUGCUGCUACUUCUCAAACACUUCAAACUGAACCAUGUCUACCAGUUUGAGUAUAUGGCUCAGCACCUGGUUUUUGCUAACUGUAUUCCGCUGAUCCUCAAGUUUUUCAACCAGAACAUCAUGUCCUACAUCACGGCUAAGAACAGCAUCUCAGUGUUGGAUUUCCCGUACUGCAUUCUACACGACCUGCCGGAGCUCACAGCUGAGAGCCUGGAAGCUGGUGAUAACACUCAGUUCUGCUGGAGGAACCUGUUCUCCUGUAUUAACCUGCUCAGGAUCCUCAACAAGCUCACCAAGUGGAAACACUCCAGGACCAUGAUGUUGGUGGUGUUUAAAUCUGCUCCCAUCCUGAAGAGGGCGCUGAAGGUGAAGCAGGCAAUGAUGCAGCUGUACGUCCUCAAACUGCUGAAGGUUCAGACGAAGUAUCUGGGCCGGCAGUGGAGGAAGAGCAACAUGAAGACGAUGUCGGCCAUUUAUCAGAAAGUUCGCCAUCGCCUUAAUGACGACUGGGCCUACGGCAACGCAGAUCUUGAUGCUCGUCCGUGGGACUUCCAGGCUGAGGAGUGCUCUCUCCGAGCGAACAUCGAGCGCUUUAACAAUCGUCGUUACGAUAAGUCUGCGUUGAACCCGGAGUUCCUUCCAGUGGACAACUGCCUGCAGAGCGUUCUCGGCCAGCAGGUGGAGCUACCGGACGACUUCCAGAUGAACUAUGACCUCUGGCUGGAGCGGGAAGUCUUCUCCAAACCCAUCUGUUGGGAGGAGCUACUGCAGUGAACACGCGCACUCUGGCUGGACCACCAUUCAGGACAUUAACGCGAUAGUUCAGCUAGACCGGACGGGGUUAGCUGAACUUUUAUACUUAGAUUUCCUUUCUGAGGACCAGUCUCUCUCUCUCUGUAUCUCUCUCUGUAUCUCUCUCUCUCUCUCUCUCUCUCUCUCUCUCUCUCUCUCUCUCUCUCUGUAUCUCUCUCUCUCUCUCUGUAUCUCUCUCU